GUUGAAGGCUCUCAACGCGAAGUGGCACUUGAGACCGGCCUUGACCGAUGGGAAAGACUUAGGAAGUGAGCAGAGAACGAGUGAAAGGAUAAGGUUUGGAGGUCGGCACCAGCAGUAAGGGGGAAACGGCGUCCGCAAAGGCUUGGCUGAGAGCGAGGGAGUAUUCCCUCUCAAAGAAAGCAACCUUUUACAACAAAAAAAUAAAAAAAGGAAGGAAGGCUCACAAAACCAACUCACAUGUUAAAAAGAAAAUUGACAUUGUGUUCAAUAUUAUACUUCCAUCUUUCCUGAGAUCUUCACAAAGGGAAAGGUGCCAUGUGGAGGCACAGUGAAGAUUCCUGGACCAGUUAUGGAGAAUUACCAGAAGGCGAGUUCUGUAGAGAAACCACUGGCCCCUCCAGUGCCAGGACUGCCUCCAGACACCUUAGAAAUGCGGGUCCGGGAUGGCAGCAAGAUCCGAAACCUCCUGGGCUUUGCAUUGGGGCGGCUGGAAAGUGAAUCCACCCGGCGAAUAGUGUUCACUGGUGCAGGACGUGCCACAGGCAAAGCUGUGACCUGUGCAGAGAUUCUGAAGCGCCGGCUGCCUGGCCUGCACCAGCUCACCAAACUGCACUUCCAGCAGACAGAGGAUGCCUGGGUCCCUGUAGUGCCUGAGGCCGGUCUGGACCCACUUACUGUACGACGACAUGUGCCAGCUGUGUGGCUUCUGCUCAGCAAGGACCCUCUGGACCCCAAUGAGGGUGGCUACCAGCCUCCAGGUGCACCUCCUGGUCUGGGACAGCCUUUGCCCCGAACCCCUCCACAUACCCCUCAGCCCAAGAGGCGAGGCCCCCGGGCCUCAGGGCAUUGGCAAGGAAGUGGAGGUGGGGGCCGAGGAGAGACCCCCAGGAGACCCUGACCCCUGAGUGGAAAGGGUCAGGAGCAGAUUCCAAGGUGCUCCCCAGGAAGGUUGGACAAUAUUGAAGUCCCCAUCGAUGCUUUUUUUUUGGUCCAGUGGCUCUGAUCUGUCACAUGGCUAUUCCCUCUCAAGUCACAGAUGGAAAUGAACACAGGACUCAGGAAUAGACAUGUUGGUGACUGCUCUGAGGCUCUUUGUGUUUGCUUGAUCAAAGAAGUUCUCAGCCUUUUCUCCCUCUCCCCCUUCCCCUCCCUGAAAAGUAUUACCACUGGUUUUAUCUUUUAUCAACUGCUUGCAGCUAUUAGAUCCCUUAGACUGGGAAUAGAAGGUUGUUUUCUCCAGGAAAGCAAGUGAAGAAUUGGGAAUAAAAGUUCUACUUACUCCAUUUAUGAAGCCCUUCUCUGUG